AUGAAUAGCAUUGGAGAAGAAUGUACAGAAUUAAAGAAGAAAUAUGAUGAUUGCUUCAAUAGCUGGUUUUCAGAACGAUUUUUAAAAGGUGACAACGAUGAUUCUAUGUGCGCUGGAAUAUUUAAAGUUUAUCAGGAUUGUGUGAAGAAUGCUAUGAAGCAGCAGAAUAUCGAUUUUAAAGAAAUCGAUAAAGAUGUACUAGGUACUGACAGUGAGUUCAAAGCACCACCUUCAGGGAGCAGUAGUUGA